CUUGCUAAAUUUUAAUUGGAACUCCCACCAAAUAAUUUGGCGAGAACUGCACCCAACAGAUUUUUGCUUUGUUGUUGAUUCCUCUUCAUCGCACCCAUUGUUUCAAUUCUCUUCCGUUUCUCUUCCCUCAAUCAAACCAAUGAGAGAUUAUUACUUGCGGAUUAUCCUGAUACGGAGAACCAUUGGGGAAAGGCACUUUUACUUGUCACCCCGGAGCUUCUAGAAGGGCGAACGGUUUUGUGACCGGACUCCCCCGUAAUAAUCUCUGCAUCUGCAAACCAAUGGCGAUUUUCUUCGCGCGAGCUCUCCCGCUCACCUCUAGUAGGCCCUCUCUUUCGUUUGGUCCUUUAGUUGCUGCCGCUCUGCGGCAGCGGCCAACGGCGUCGGUAGAUAAUCUUUCCUUGCUCUUAUCUUCUCCGACUGUUAUGCCGCUUUUCUCCGUUUCUUGGCCGAGAAGGAGCUAUUACAUAUCAAAACCGACUUUGCGGCCUCCGAUUCCACCCAGGGGUGUUGGAGAGAAUGUUCGAGGUUUUAGGAGGGGGAGGUGGAGGCGGAGGCCGGCGGCGAGGAAGAAAUUAAGGAAAGAAAGGCAACCGGAGCUUGUUGUUAGGAUUUGCAUUGAAGAAGAUUUGCCCGACGAUCCCGAAAUUAUGAACAUUGCUGAGACACUAAAACUAGAUGUCCCCAUGGCCAUGGCUCUCGCCUUCAGUCAUCUUGAUGUUGAAAAUUUCCAUACCAGAGACGGUUCCAUAAAUGAUGUUAGUAAAUUUGAAACAGUGGAGGUGUCUUUGUUGCUUUGCAAUGAUUACUUUAUUCGAAAGCUUAAUAAAGACUGGAGAGACGAGGAUCAUGCUACUGAUGUUCUAUCAAUGUCACAGCACAUUCCAGAAAUUGAUCUUCCUGUUUUAAUGUUAGGUGAUAUAGUAAUUUCUAUUGAGACAGCUCUCAAACAAGCAGACGAGAGAGAUCAUUCACUUCUUGAUGAAGUAAGAAUCCUCAUGGUUCAUGGUUUAUUGCAUCUUUUGGGUUUCGAUCAUGAAGUCAGUAAUCUGGCAGAGGAGGAGAUGGAGAAGGAAGAAGAAUUGGUUUUGACUACUCUUGGAUGGAAAGGAAAAGGCCUAAUCAAGAGUGCAUAUGAUUCCAUUAGCAAUGGAAGCCACCAGGCACAGGCUUUAGAUGAAACUGACCGCAGUAUAGUGGAAGUAGAUGCAUUUCCAUGUAGACAAAAAAUUAGCUAUAUCUUCUGUGACAUGGAUGGUACACUUUUGAACAGCAAAAGCCAAAUCACUUUGAGAACAGUAGAAGCCUUAAAUGAAGCAAUCUCAAGGGGAGUGCGCAUAGUAAUAGCCACUGGAAAGAGCCGUUCAGCGGUUAUGAGGGCUUUCAAGACUGCUAAUUUAGCUGGAAAAGGUGAUAUUGUUAAUGAAUCAUCACCUGGUGUCUUCCUACAGGGAUUGCUUGUAUAUGGGAGAAAAGGAAGGGAGAUCUGUAGAAGAAAUUUAGAUCGGAAUGUUUGUAAAGAGAUUCUGUUAUAUUCUCUUGAGCACAGUGUUCCUGCAGUAGCAUUUUCUGAAGACCGAUGCUUCACUGUUUUUGAUCAUCCUCUUGUCGAAUCAUUGCAUGAAAUAUAUCAUGAGCCAAAGGCAGAGGUCAUCCCUGCGGUUGAACAGAUUUUAUCAUCUUUUGAGAUCCAGAAGCUUCUUUUCCUUGACACAGCUGAGGGAAUUUCUUCCACAUUAAGGCCAUACUGGUCAGCAGCAACAAGAGGACAGGCUACUGUUGUCCAGGCCGUUCCUGAUAUGCUAGAAAUUAUUCCCUUAGGGGCAUCAAAAGGCAAUGGGGUAAAGUUGCUGCUGGAUCACCUUGGUGUUUCGGAGAAAGAGGUCGUGGCUAUUGGCGAUGGAGAAAAUGACGUUGAGAUGCUAAAGAUGGCAUCAUUAGGAAUUGCACUAGCGAAUGGAUCAGAUAAGGCUAAAGCUGCGGCUGAUGUGAUUGGGCUGACCAAUGAUGAAGAUGGUGUUGCCGAAGCAAUAUACAAGUAUGUCUUAUGACAUGUAGACAAAGUUCUAUGUUUGUGGGAAGAGGCUUAUUCAACAUUUUAUCAAAGAAAAUGAAGCUUAUGUUUUCUUUUCUUGCUAA